ACAGCCUCACCCCUGACUGUGUAAUUAGGUAUAGGUGCCUGAUUCCUGGCAGAUGUAACGGCAUAUUCCAUACCCGGGAGUGUGGGCUGUUAAUCGAUUCGGAUAAUGCACGGGAAUAGCGAUUCCCUAUUCCUACAGAUUGGAUCCUUCGAGGUGUUCAGGAGGGCCUGUCGGAGCUCAUGUAUUGCGCACCAGCUCUAUGGAGUGCUUUACCAUUUCUCAUAAUCUUGAAGCUGUUGCAUCUUAACAAGCACUUGUCGCCAAAAUGUUGAAGCCUCUUCUCACCUAUCUCGUCGCGGAGUCUUUCGCGACAGCGACGCUGUUGGAGGAUAUUGGACUCGGAAACGUGCACUUCCGAAAUCAUCUUUUCGAGCCACGGGCGACGGCCGCCAACGUAACGUGCAGAACGAACUACACGACUAAUCUUUGGAGCAGCUGCGCGCAAGUGCUUGAGGAAUUCAAUCUCACUCUAACCUUAUUCCAGGAAAUCAACCCUAGCAUCGGACAGAGUUGCUCAAACUUCAUACCGGGGACAGUAUACUGCAUUGCGCCCGUGACGGGGACUGCGACGCCAAUCUCGACGAAUGGCAUGUGUGGUGCGCAACAGAAUUGGACCAGCACUUGUAUCGGGAGCCAAUGGGGCAAUUGUUGUGGUGUUGGCGGGUACUGCGGCACUGGAGAAGACUAUUGCGGGCCGGGAAAUUGCCAGGAGGGCACCUGUGAUGGAGCACCGAUUCCAUAUAGCACCAACGGAUUAUGUGGCUCCCAGAAUGGCUGGGUUGACUGCCCAGCAAAGUUCGGAGUGUGCUGCAGUGAAUACGGAUACUGCGGGAACGGCACUGAUUUUUGCGGUACUGGUUGCCAGAGUGGUGCUUGCCUCGUUUCGACAACGACCUCAUCUACAGUGACCACACCGACCCCAAAGCCUGGCUCCGUCAGCAAAGACGGGACAUGUGGUUACGGCGGUGGCCUUAUCUGCAAUGGUUCUACAUUUGGCAACUGUUGUUCAGCAGCUGGCUACUGCGGCUCGGAUAAGUACUCGUGUGAAGAUAUCUUGGGUUGUCAGCCAGCAUACGGAACUUGUAAUGUCACGGGCUUCAUGAAUACGAAAGCGUGAAAAGGGUGCAUUGGGUAGGUGCAAAAUAGGAUGUAAUUAUUCAUAUCAGGUACUUACAAUGGAUUUUUCGGG